AGACCGCAACACUCUCUGUUCUUAGCAGAGCAGAUUUGAAUAUCAGAUGAUGCACAAUAUGUACCUUCUGUCAUGUUCAAAACACACAGAGACAAGUUGAGCAGCUAUGAGUCUGACAGCAGCAAUGCGUGGGUUUAUUCUCCUUCUUCUCUCUCUACAAGGGGUUCAGGGUCAGGAUGUCUGGGGAGUGACUUACUCUUCUACUGAGAUCUGUGCAGUGAAAGGAUCAACAGUGGAGAUAAAGUGCAGCUACACAUACCCAUCUAGAUGGAGAGGUGGUGUUAACACAGUAGAGAAAACAUUCUGGUUUACUAAACAGAAAGAUGGUGAACCUGUAGAUCUGAGAACAGACUCAGAGUAUGCAGGUCGUGUAGAGACUCUCUGUGGAAACAACAUCUGCACUCUGAGAAUCAGAAACCUGAGAGAGAGCGACUCAGCUCAGUACAGGUUCAGGUUCAAAACAAACCAAGACGCUUAUGUUGGUGAUCCAGUCACUCUGUCUGUCCCAGGUAUCCAUGUGAAGGUGAGCAAAACAAGUUCCUGCUAUAGAGACUGUAUACAGGCAUACCUGGAGUGUGUCAGCGGGUGUCUUCCAACUUCUCCUCGUUCCUACAUCUGGUACAAGGAUGGACAGAAAAUAGCAAAUGAUGCAAAAUCUUUGAAUGGCUAUUUCUAUCCUAAAGAAAGCUAUGCCUGUGCUGUUAAAGGAUAUGAGAAUGUCCCCUCUCCUUCAGUGUGUGUUAAUGGUGGAGACUGCAAUACUGUGACUUACAGUGAGAGAAGCAUCUGUGCCUUCAAAGGAUCAUCAGUGGACAUUUCCUGCACGUACAGCAGUAAUGAAGACCAUGUUAAAUCUAAAUUCUGGUUCAGACCUGAGCGUAGUCAUCAGGACCUUAGUAGAGACUCCCAGUAUAGAGGUCGUGUUCAGGUUCUUUCAUCAUGGAGAGAAUCCACUCUGAGGAUCUCUGACCUGAGAGACUCAGAUUCAGCUCAGUAUCUCUUCACAUUCAGAACAUCAAGCUUUGAAUGGAGGAGGGAUUUACCUGGAACCACUCUGACUGUCACAGAUCGAGAUUUAGAGGUGCAGGUGAUCGAGUCGUCCUCUGGUCCAACACUGGUUUGUCUCAGCAGCUGUCUGCUCACAGGUCGCUCUACAUUCAUUUGGUACAAGAAUGAAACGGUGAUUCAGGGGGAAACAUCUGCUUCUCUCGGAGAAUACGUUGAUCCUGCAAACAGUUAUUCCUGUGUCUAUGACGGUCACCGCUCUCCCCCAGUGUACGGUCCAAAGCCUCCCUCUGUGUCAGUGAGUCCCUCUGGUGACAUUAUGGAGGGCAGUUCAGUGACUCUGACCUGUAGCAGUGAUGCUAACCCAGCUGCUAAAUACACCUGGUACAAAGGGAACCAAAAACUGCUCAUUGAGAAACCACAGCUUGUCUUCAGCUCCAUCUACUCCUCUGACUCUGGACAGUAUUACUGUACAACUGAGAACAAGCUGGGGAGGGGGACAUCUGAAAGCAUCUGUAUUGAUGUGAAAUAUGCUCCAAAGACUCUCUCUGUGUCGGUGAGUCCCUCUGCUGAGAUAGAGGAGGGCAGUUCAGUGACUCUGACCUGUAGCAGUGAUGCUAACCCAGCAGCUAACUACACCUGGUACAAGGAGAACCAAACACUGCCUCUGGGAGCAGAAGGAAGUUAUCAUUUCCCCUCCAUCAGCUCUGAGGACAGAGGGAACUACUACUGCAAGUCUGAGAAUCAAUAUGGAGAGAUCAUGUCAGAUUCUCUAUCAGUAGAUGUCCAGUAUGCUCCAAAGCUCCCCUCUGUGUCAGUGAGUCCCUCUGCUGAGAUAGAGGAGGGCAGUUCAGUGACUCUGACCUGUAGCAGUGAUGCUAACCCAGCAGCUAACUACAUCUGGUACAAGGAGGAUGAAGACUCUCCAAAAGCUUCAGGACAGAUCUUCAACAUCACUGACUUCAGAGCUGAACACAGUGGGAGUUAUUCCUGUGAAGCCCAGAACAAGUUAGGACGUAACUCCACUUUAUAUCUGCUUGUUGUUGCAGGUGCAUGGAAUUCAGCCGCUACAGGAACUAUCACUGCUUUCCUCCUGGCUAUCAUCCUCAUCGCUGGCUUCCUAUGGUUUAAGAGGAAUACGUCUAAUGGUGGAGAGAAGCCCAACAGCAAUGCACAGCUAAACAUGGGCCCGGUGCAUGACCUCCCUUCAGAUAAUUCCAAACCAGCAGAAGAGCAUGACCUAAACUACUCCAGCAUCCGCUUCCACCAUAACCAGGAAGAUGCUCUGUACUCUAACAUCGGGAGAGUGCAGCCCCAGAGACAAACAGAGGAAGACGAGGAUAGUACUGAUUACACUGUUGUCAAAACUCCAGGCCCAACACGUCAGGAAUAUGGAGAGGGUUUAUUUGCACUGUACAGCACUGUCAAUAAAUGAACAUGGAUCUGUUACCGGUUAUUUAUUGUACUGAGUUAAACAUCUCUGCCUUUUUUCAGGAAAUAUGUCUAAGCAUAGCAUUAAUGCAAGCAUACAAAAAUAUAAAUGUGGGAUUUGUAAACAUCUGUUUGCUUGGUUAUUGUUUCUGCAAGGAUUUCUUGAACCAAAUUACAGAAAAAUAAAAGGUCACCAGCACCAGAGUAUAUUUUAUUUUUCCACCUGCAUACUUAGCAGGGUUUUCCUCCGUAUGUGUAAUUUGGGUAAACAAAGCCAUUCCCUAAAUACUAUAUCAGCAUAGUACAAUGCAAACAUUGAGUAAAUAAAAUACAAAUACAAUCAAAAA